CAUAGGGACGCGCGCGGCGCCGGAGCGGGAGGGGCGCGGCCGGGGAGGCGCUGCGCGCGCGCCCUGACAGCUCGGCCCCGCUCGCUCUCUCGCUCGUCCCCGGCUUCCGAGCACAGCAUGGCGGUCAAGGUGCAGACGACCAAGCGAGGUGAUCCUCAUGAGUUAAGAAACAUAUUCCUACAGUAUGCGAGUACUGAGGUUGAUGGGGAACAUUAUAUGACUCCAGAAGACUUUGUGCAACGCUAUCUUGGACUAUACAAUGAUCCCAAUAGUAACCCGAAGAUCGUGCAGCUCUUGGCAGGAGUAGCUGAUCAAACCAAGGAUGGGUUGAUCUCCUAUCAAGAGUUUUUGGCUUUUGAAUCUGUUUUAUGUGCUCCAGAUUCCAUGUUCAUAGUGGCUUUCCAAUUGUUUGACAAGAGUGGAAAUGGAGAAGUGACAUUUGAAAAUGUCAAGGAAAUUUUUGGACAGACAAUCAUUCACCAUCAUAUCCCUUUUAACUGGGACUGUGAAUUUAUCCGACUGCAUUUUGGACAUAAUCGGAAGAAGCAUCUUAACUACACAGAAUUCACACAAUUCCUGCAGGAGCUGCAGUUGGAACAUGCAAGACAGGCCUUUGCUCUAAAGGACAAAGGCAAAAGUGGCAUGAUUUCUGGUCUGGAUUUCAGUGACAUCAUGGUUACCAUUCGGUCUCACAUGCUUACUCCUUUUGUGGAGGAGAACUUAGUUUCAGCUGCUGGAGGAAGUAUUUCCCACCAAGUUAGCUUCUCCUACUUCAAUGCAUUUAACUCCUUACUGAAUAACAUGGAACUUGUUCGGAAGAUAUAUAGUACUUUAGCUGGAACAAGGAAAGAUAUUGAAGUCACCAAAGAGGAAUUUGCUCAGAGUGCCAUACGCUAUGGCCAAGUCACCCCACUGGAAAUCGAUAUCCUCUACCAGCUUGCAGAUCUGUAUAAUGCUUCAGGGCGCUUGACUUUGGCAGAUAUCGAGAGAAUAGCCCCACUGGCGGAGGGGGCCUUACCUUACAACUUGGCAGAACUUCAGAGACAGCAGUCUCAUGGGUUAGGCAGACCCGUCUGGCUCCAGAUUGCCGAAUCUGCUUACAGAUUCACUCUGGGCUCCAUUGCUGGAGCUGUGGGAGCCACCGCGGUGUAUCCGAUCGAUCUGGUGAAGACCCGGAUGCAGAACCAGCGCGGCACCGGCUCCGUGGUCGGGGAGCUCAUGUACAAAAAUAGCUUUGACUGUUUUAAGAAAGUCUUGCGUUACGAGGGCUUCUUUGGACUCUACAGGGGUCUGAUACCACAGCUCAUUGGGGUUGCUCCAGAAAAGGCCAUUAAACUGACUGUUAAUGAUUUUGUCCGAGAUAAAUUUAUGAAAAGAGAUGGCUCUAUUCCACUUCCAGCAGAGAUUCUUGCUGGAGGCUGUGCUGGAGGCUCCCAGGUCAUCUUUACCAACCCACUGGAGAUUGUGAAGAUUCGCCUGCAGGUGGCUGGAGAGAUCACCACAGGACCCAGAGUCAGUGCGCUGAAUGUGCUCCGGGACUUGGGGCUUUUCGGUCUGUAUAAGGGUGCCAAAGCGUGUUUCCUCCGAGACAUUCCCUUCUCUGCAAUCUAUUUUCCUGUUUAUGCUCAUUGCAAACUCCUUCUCGCUGAUGAAAAUGGACACGUGGGAGGUAUAAAUCUCCUGGCAGCUGGAGCUAUGGCAGGUGUGCCUGCUGCUUCUUUGGUGACCCCUGCUGAUGUCAUCAAGACAAGACUGCAAGUGGCCGCUCGCGCUGGCCAGACAACAUACAGCGGUGUCAUUGACUGUUUCAGAAAGAUCCUCCGGGAAGAAGGGCCCUCAGCAUUUUGGAAGGGGACUGCAGCUCGAGUGUUUCGAUCCUCACCCCAGUUUGGGGUUACUUUGGUCACCUAUGAACUUCUCCAGCGGUGGUUUUACAUCGAUUUUGGAGGCCUCAAGCCCUCUGGCUCAGAACCAACACCCAAGUCACGCAUCGCAGACCUUCCUCCUGCCAAUCCUGAUCACAUCGGCGGAUACAGACUUGCCACAGCCACUUUUGCUGGCAUUGAAAACAAGUUUGGCCUUUAUCUUCCCAAAUUUAAGUCUCCUAGUGUUGCUGUGGUUCAGCCAAAGGGGGCGGCAGCAGCGGCUCCAUGAUGCAGUGGGCGACAGAGUGGCAGAGUGGCACCGCGAGGAGAGGCAAGAAGAACAGUCCUGUGAUGUAUCCGGUCAGCUGCAUGGUGCUGGCUGAGCGGGGAGUCAAACUAUUCUUUCUCUAGGACAUAUACAUAUAUUUGUUUAUAAAGUAAUCAUUUGCCCAGGGGAAAAAACCACAAGGCAGUCUCAAGCUUUAGUCUUAUUUGUUGAAAUAUUUUCUAAGCCGUGGCAUGAAUUAGUGUUCUAGCCCCUACUCUGCCCAGCUUGUCCUCCCAGUGACUGUACAUAUUGUACAUCUUUGUACAGACAUCUCGGCACCUCAUCCCAGCCAAUCACAUUUAUAGAAUGUAACAAUCGGAGUGGCUUAAAAUGUACAGAAUGUUUUGAAAGUGUUUUAUUAAGAGUCACAUAAGAAUAAAUGUAUUUAAAUCUCUUAUUGGUGACUUACGGAAAUAAAGUGUCAAUAUUG